UUCAAAAAAAAAAAAAAUUCAAAAAAAAAAAAAAAAAUAAAUAAAAACCAUGUUUGUCUGAAACUCCGCAAAAUCAUCAUUGCUGUAAUCAAGCACUCAAAAACAGCUUCAAACUUUUAUAUCUCUAUCUUUCUCUCUGAGACUCAUUCUUUUAUUUUUGGUUCUCAGUAUGCUUAUCAGUCUUCUUAGCGCGAAGAUUCUGUAAAAUAAUUUGAAAUAGGAAACUUUGGACAGCGGAGAUUGGUUGGUGGUGGGCGAUAAAAGAAUGGCAUCGGCGCCGACGAACAAGAUUGAAAGGGCCCAUCAGAUGUACCGGGAAGGAAAGUACUGGGAGGCUUUGGGGUUUUACACGGAAGCCCUUUCCAUGGCCAAGACUAAGCCCCAGAAGAUCGCCCUCCACAGCAACAGAGCUGCUUGUUUUUUGAACCUUCACGAUUUCAACAAGGCAGCAGAUGAAUGCACCUCAGUACUUGAGCUUGAUCGCGAUCACACUGGAGCGUUGAUGUUACGUGCUCAGACUCUGGUGACCCUCAAGGAAUACCAUUCGGCUCUUUUUGAUGUCAAUAGGCUCAUAGAGUUGAAUCCAUCAUCAGAAGUGUAUCAAAACCUUCAAGCACGCUUGAAGACACAAUUGUCACUUGCUCCUAUACCCGAAUCAGAAGCAGAGUUAGAAGAAGAGGAAGAAUAUACUGAUGAAGCUGAGCCAAAUAGAUAUGGGGAAGAAAUGGACGAGGAAGAAAAUGCAGUAGUUGCAUGUGCUGAAACAGUUCAGGAUGCUGAGAGUAAUAGGACUACUGUUGAUGCUAGUGUAAUAUCACCCAAAAUGCUGAUCAAAGAGGAUUUAUCUAAACAAGAAAGGGAUAAAAAAAGCAACUCCGUGAGGUUUGAACAAGAAAGGGAUAGAAAAGUGGGCUCUGCAAGGAUUACUACUGCUGAAGUUGUUGCUCCUCAAGCAGAGAAAACCAUAGAAUUGCCCAAAAAAGAUCCUAAAGGAUGGCAAGCGAUCCCAAAACCAAAGGGACACUCAGCUCUGGACUAUGCACGGUGGGAUAGAGUUGAAGAUGAUUCUAGUGAAGAAGAUGACGAUGAUGAUGACGAUGAAGAAGAGUCUCAACCUCAAUAUCGGUUCCGUGUAAGAACCGUAGGUGUGCGGUCAGUGAAGUAAGGAGGAAUAAACAUAGCCUGUACAAUCACAAGUACACGAUCUGAUUUGUAGAAUUAUCCAUACCGAGAAGGUGGUAUUUGCAAAAGCUCAGCUUGUUGCAUAUGCUGAAAUUUGCAAGGCUAUUUAAGAAUGGCAGUUUGGUUUUGACACAAAGGUGAAUUUUGCACUUACAGAGCAGAUUCCCAAGGAAAUUCAUGCGAAGGAAGAACGAGUAUUUGCAUUAGACUUCCUUGGUCAAGAUCGUGUGUGCAGUUCCUGGUGCUACCAUUCAUAUAUAUGUGUUAGUGGAGAAACUUUAGUGGGGACUCGGUCUCCAAACAAUUGAUUUGGAAACACUGUUCUAUUGGUCAGAAAAUCAUGGGUCUGGUGAUUUGUUUACAUGGUUUAUAAUGCUCAGGUGCCUGUUGUAAAUUAUUUUUGUUAUUUCUACGAACAAUGGCAAACAGAUUCACAGUUCAAGUAUUUCAUACUAAAUUAAAUAUUUGGUUGCAUAUUGGUUCUGUUUA